AUGAAAAGGGUGACAUAUUUUGCAGCACUCAGCAAGGUCUCAGAAGAUACACUGAAAUCAUGUGCUGAUCUCUUCAGCUCCGACUACGGUAUUUGGGGUGAUCAAGCAAGUACAAUUUCAAAGUAUACUUUGGCUGAGAAUACUCUUCUGGUAACCUACUACAUCCAGGUUGAUCCACUCGAGAGUGAGCCUCCCAAACUCUAUGGUCAUGCAUUUGCUACUGUGUGGGGUUACAGUAAACAUAAAGUUGGCUGGGUGACCCAGCUUGUUGUCGAUAAAGCAGUCCGUCAAUGUUACAUUGCGACUCAGCUACUGCAAACUCUCAAGUUCCACACCUUAUUCUCCUCUGUCAACAUUGUUGGUCUGGCCUCAUCUCAUCCUGCUGCUUGUAAUGCUUUGGCAAAAUAUGCUGCUGCUAAUAUCAAAGAUGUCAAUCUGGACUUCAUUCGUGAACAUGCUAAGGGGGUUUUGGAAUCCUUGCCUAUCAGCUAUGUGAAGGCUGCUCAACUGAGGGGCACACUUUUCGAAGACAACUGUAACAACAGAGCUAUCUCAUCUGUGUAUACCGAGUUUUAUGUUGACCAUGCCGAGCCUUUAGCUGUGUUGGAACAGUACAAGAAGAAGGGUCCAUGGUGCUUGGGUGAGCUCCUUGAUGGGCAUGAAUUUCUUGCUAUCUUUCCUAUCGCACCCAUGAGCCCAGUUGAUCCCAAAAGUUAA